AUGAUCCAGGAGUUGUCGGCCAGACACCAGGUGUACACCAGGUACGGCAAGUGCUACACGUUCAACUCAGGCAGAGAGCGGACAUGGAAAACCAAGCAGGGGGGCAUGGGCAACGGGCUGGAGAUCAUGAUGGACAUCCAGCAGGAGGAGUAUCUGCCCAUCUGGCGAGAGACUGAUGAAACCUCAUUCGAGGCUGGAAUCCGUGUUCAGAUCCACAGUCAGGAUGAGCCUCCGUACAUCCAUGAGCUUGGCUUCGGAGUUCCGCCGGGUUUCCAGACCUUUGUGUCCUGCCAGGAACAGCGGCUGACCUACCUGCCUGAGCCGUGGGGCAACUGCAAAUCAGAGCUUCCCAACAGCAACGUUCCCGGUUAUGUCAAUUACAGCAUCACGGCAUGCCGGCUCAACUGUGAGAAACAGGCCGUGUUGAAGGCUUGUGGCUGCAGAAUGGUCCACAUGCCAGGUAAUGAAUCAAUCUGCAGUCCAGAGGACUAUAUGGAGUGCGCUGAUAAGACACUGGACGAUCUAGUGAAGAAAUCUAACGAGACCUGCCCGUGCGUGACCCCCUGCCACACCACGCGCUACAACAAGGAGCUGUCCAUGGUGAGGAUUCCCAGCCGAGGCUCUGCCAAGUUUCUGGCUCACAAGUUCAACACCACCACAGACUACAUCAGGGAGAAUUACCUGGUCCUGGACAUCUUCUUCGAAGCCCUGAACUAUGAGACUAUUGAGCAGAAGGAAGCUUACAGUGUGGAGGGGCUGCUGGGUGAGUGACAUUGGGGGCAGAUGGGGCUGUUUAUUGGAGCCAGUAUCCUCACCGUCCUGGAAAUCAUUGAUUACAUCUAUGAGGUGAUCCGGGUUAAGGCACAGCGUACGUUCCAACGGCAAAAGCCUCAGAGAGAGAGCAAGGACCCCAUCGCUACCCUGGGGCUGGCCGACAUGAAGCCGAGUUCCCGCGAGGCACUGAGCAGCCUAUCUGACGGGAGCCCCUACGCCACCAACCUGCUGCCAUACCACCACAGGCCGCCCUUCGAGGACUUUGCCUGUUGA